UGGCAGAAGUGGCAGUCGUCCUAAAUUAGGAAGAAACUUCCAACGCAAGUUUCCCUGAGAAAAAUGGGCACCAAGGGCAAAAUUAUUAAAUGCAAAGCAGCUGUUGCCUGGGAAGCAGGCAAGCCCCUCUGCAUUGAAGAGGUAGAGGUAGCUCCCCCCAAGGCUCACGAAAUUCGCAUUCGGAUCAUUGCCACUGCCUUGUGCCACACUGAUGCCCACGUUAUCAAUCCUAAAUUUAAGGAGGCUUUUUUCCCAGUGAUCCCUGGCCAUGAGGGUGCAGGAAUUGUGGAAAGUAUUGGGCCAGGAGUGACCAAUGUCAAACCAGGUGACAAAGUAAUUCCACUCUACACACCUCAAUGUAGAAAAUGCAAGUUCUGCCUGAGUCCACUUACAAAUAUUUGUGAAAAACUCAGUCAAGUUAAACAUCCUAUUGCUGAUCAAGAACUAAUGGAAGACAAAACCAGCAGAUUUACCUGCAAAGGAAAACCAAUUUACCAUUUCAUGGGAAUCAGUACAUUCUCUCAGUACACUGUGGUGUCAGAUAUUAAUCUUGCCAAAAUAGAUGAUGAUGCAAAUUUAGAGAGAGUUUGUUUGAUUGGAUGUGGGUUUUCAACUGGCUAUGGCGCUGCAAUCAACACUGCCAAGGUCACCCCCGGUUCUACUUGUGCUAUUUUUGGACUCGGAGGUGUAGGUCUUUCUGCUGUGAUGGGUUGUAAGAUAGCAGGAGCUUCCAGAAUCAUAGCUAUUGACAUCAACAGUGAGAAAUUUACAAAGGCCAAAGCCCUGGGAGCCACUGACUGCCUCAAUCCUAGAGACUUAGAUAAACCCAUCCAGGAGGUCAUCAUUGAAUUGACCAAUGGAGGUGUGGAUUUUGCCCUUGACUGUGCAGGCGGACCUGAAACCAUGAAAGCAACCCUGGACUGCACAACAGUAGGUUGGGGAUCAUGUACUUUCAUUGGAGUGGCCCCUGGUGACAACGGAUUGAAUAUUUCUCCAGAGACGCUAAUAAUGGGCCGUACUAUAAAUGGAUCAUACUUUGGUGGUUGGAAAAGUAUAGAUUCUGUCCCAAAGCUGGUUACUGACUACAAAAAUAAGAAAUUCGAUCUGGAUGCAUUGGUGACCCAUACCCUGCCUUUUGACAAAAUCAAUGAGGCAUUUGACCUAAUGAACCAAGGAAAAAGCAUCCGAACAAUCCUGAUCUUUUGAAGAUGCCAGGAGCAAUUUGGAAUACUGUCUGAUUGAAUCUGAACCUGUCUGGUUAAUUUAUUACUUGAUACAAUGAACCAAGGAAAGCUAUGAGUUUGAACAAAUAUUUAUGGUUAAUGUCUCAACAUAAAAUAACUAUAAGUAUAACAGCAUUUGAACCCAUAAAAUAUAUUAAUAUUUCCUAUGUUAAAUAACUGUGAUAAUUGAAGUGUUUGUGAAUUGAAUCAUAUGAUGUUUAGGAAUUGUUCAAAACUAGUUCUGGGGAGGUGGGAGUGGUGAAUGAAGAGAUAAUAUUUAAACUAGAUUGGCCA